AUGGACCCAUUAAAUGGAGAAGAUAGUGUACGCGGCUAUAAUUUACUUAAACCAUUAGGUAGAAUUAUUUAUUUUGGUGCAUCAAAUGUUGCUGCUAGUGGUGAAAAUCGUUCAUUAUUAACAGCAUUUAAAACAUGGUAUAAAUGUUUUUCAACAAAUUCAUUAUCGAUUUUAUCAACCAAUAAAAGCAUUGCUGGUUAUCAUCUUGGUUAUUUAUUGAAAGAUCUUGAGAAUACAAAAGAUUUAGCAUUGAAUACCAUAAAUGAAUUAUUUCGAUUAUAUAAGGAAGGUGCAAUUAAACCACAAAUAGAUAGUAUUUAUCCAUAUUCAAAAGUUGGUGAAGCUAUGCAACGUAUGCAUAAUCGACUAAAUAUUGGAAAAGUUUUAUUACAACCUGAUGAUGAAGCGAAUGCUAACAAGAAUAAUGAUACAACUCCUGAACAAGAACAACAAAAAGUUGAAUAA